AUGGCAACAGACAGUUGUUCGUGUAAUUGCCAGUGUUUACGCCUUCAUAUUAUCAAUAAGAAACUUCUUUGGAAGAAGGCCCAAACUUUCAAACCAAAUGGGAAGGAAAUGGUGUCCAAAGUCAUGCAUGGACCCCCCAACAUUAAUAGAAUAGAAGACUCUCUCACUUUAGCUGAAAUGCGAGAAAGAGCUUUAAAUCUAACUUAUUUAAAAACAUGGGUUGAUGACUCAGUUGACCACCCAAGCUUUUGGUGGAGUUUGAACAAUUCUGUAUUAGAAAAAGUUAAUGAACCUGAUGUGACAGGACUUCAAGAGUAG